CCUACUGCACCAGCUCUCUGCCCAUCUCGCUCUCACCAUGAGCAGUUUCCUGCAGAAUUCCUCUGCCAGCUAUGGAGGUGGCUUUGGGGGUGGCUCCUGCAAGCUGGGAGGAGGUCGCAGUAUCUCUACCGGCUCAACCCGGUUUUUCUCUGGGGGAUCAGCUGGGGGCUUUGGAGGUGGCAUAAACUGCGGCUUCGGUGGAGGGGCUGGUAGUGGUUUGGGUGGAGGCUAUGGAGGUGGCCUUGGAGGUGGCUUUGGAGGUGGCCUUGGAGGUGGCCUUGGAGGUGGCUUUGGAGGUGGCCUUGGAGGUGGCCUUGGAGGUGGCUUUGGUGACUUCGGUGGUGGCGAUGGCAGCCUCCUCUCUGGCAAUGAGAAGAUCACGAUGCAGAACCUCAACGAACGCCUGGCCUCCUACCUGGGGAAGGUGCGCGCCCUGGAGGAGGCCAACACGGAGCUGGAGGUGAAGAUCCGUGACUGGUAUCUGAAGAAGAGCCCAGUCAGCCAAGAGCGCAACUACAGCCCCUACUUCAAGACCAUCGAGGACCUCCGGGGCAAGAUCUUGGCGGCCACCAUUGACAACAACCACAUCAUUCUGGAGAUUGACAACUCCAGGCUGGCUGCCGACGACUUCAGGCUCAAGUAUGAGAACGAGCUGGCCCUGCGCCAGAGCGUGGAGGCCGACACCAACGGCCUGCGCAGGGUGAUGGACGAACUGACCCUGCUGAAGACCGACCUGGAGAUGCAGAUUGAGAACCUGAUCGAGGAGCUGACCUACGUGAAGAAGAACCACGAGGAGGAGAUGAAGGAGUUCAGAAACCAGGUGGUCGGCCAGGUCAAUGUGGAGAUGGACGCCACCCCAGGCAUUGACCUGACCCGCGUGCUGACGGAGAUGAGGGAGCAGUACGAGGCCAUGGCGGAGAAGAACCGCCGGGAUGCGGAAGAAUGGUUCCGUGGCAAGAGUGCAGAGCUGACCAAGGAGGUGUCUUCCAGCACCGCCAUUAUCCAGACCAGCAAGACGGAGAUCACGGAGCUCAGGCAUACGCUCCAGGGUCUGGAGAUUGAGCUGCAGUCCCAGCUGAGCAUGAAAGCCGGGCUGGAGAGCACGCUGGCGGAGACCGAGUGCCGCUACGCCCUGCAGCUGCAGCACAUCCAGGGCCUCAUCAGCAACAUCGAGGCCCAGCUGAGCGAGCUCCGCAAUGAGAUGGAGUGCCAGAACCAGGAGUACAAGAUGCUGCUGGACAUCAAGGCGCGGCUGGAGCAGGAGAUCGCCACCUACCGCAGCCUGCUGGAGGGCCAGGACACCAGGUUGCCCGCCUUCGCCACAGGAGGAAGCACCAUCAUCUCUACUAGCGGCACCACCGGCUCCACUCGCCGCCUUAUAGAAAAAAAUAAGCCUUAAAUCUGCCGGGCAGCCCCUCCCUCUGUCUUCAGCACCCAGAGGAGAGAGCUGACGGUUCCCUG